AUGGGUCAGUCAGUGCCUUACUCUGAAAUAGUAUGGAUGAAAUUUGAAACAGAAGAUUAUGGCACAAUGAGUUAUAAAACUUCUUUCAAUCAGAAGGACUUUGAAAAGGUCUCCUUAAUAAGAAAUAGAAGGAGACCCUUAGAAGAUUUUGCUAUGCCUACUUUGCAGCCUAUACGACUAGACCACAAACCUAUAAGUACAAAAAAAUAUCAGGAUUUACAGAAAGCUCUCCAAUGGGUCCCACCCAUUUUCCAUAACUUUUAUAAUACUUUAGCCCACGAUGGCACAGCGUGUGACUUACCAGAAGACUUGCGACUUACUCUCGCUUCACUUGGGAGUGACGUAACUACCAUAUACUAUAAGAUAUUUAGUAAAACUCCAAAGUUAAAGAACCUUAAGUCCGAUAAUACAGCCUUAAGGAAC